AUGAAUGUAGAUCCAACGCAGGCACUAGAACAGGAGCAGCAACAACCACAAUCGACGAUUACUGGACUGGCGGAGGCGGAAGCGGCACUAGCGUUACUAAUUUCACCCUCGUCACCUUCGUCAACGUCGACCGUUUCGCCGACUGUUUCGUCGAUUUCGAAGAAUAGCAGCACCGACGAGAUCGAUGAAAAUACGGCCGAUGCCGAAGAGCAAGCUCAGCAUCAGCGGCAGCAGCAACAGCAGCAGUCCGAGCCACUGACGACUGCCCAGUCAUCAACCGAACGGCAACAGUCGGCGCCGCACGAUGAUGUCCACCGGAGCAGCAGCGUAUGCCACGAAAGCUAUCAACAGUCAGCGACCAGUACGGAAGCACGCCAGCCAAGCGAUGACACCACGCAAGCGACCGACACGAUGACGGCGGAGACGGUGGUUCCCUGUUUGUUGGAAACGGACACACUGCUGGCCCAGAGUGUACCAGAAAGCAAUGCGACCACUACGAUUAAGGAGACGACCGAACCCGGUGGGCAAGGAGAUACUAGUAAAACCGAUGAGCGUGCUGCUAGGAGCGAAGCGACGAGCGCCUCGCCCGGCACGCUAAUGUUGGCAAACUCUGCGACUACAAUGACGAGCCACCUACUACCGCUACAAGAGUUAACCACGGAAGCCUUACUCCCCGGCCAGCUGUCAACGAGUUCUUCUUCCACUGCGUCCAGCCCUUCGAUUGCGGAGGAACAAUCGCCUGCGAUGUUGGAGGGUGCCAACGGUAUGAGUGUUGCAACGGAUGGACAGUGCUUAGGGAACGCCGCUGACGCUGCUUCCAACAACAAUCGCAUGAUCGAGGUAAAUCUUCCUCCGACGAUGUUGCUGGCCGCGGAUGGUUGUAAUAACAAUAACAAUAAUAAUAACGAUCGCUUUAAUAACAACAAGAGCAACGACGAGGACAGUGGCGUUACGCAGGAGGACGCUAGUGGUGACCUCGUGGCGAUAGCUGACAGAAGGACGGAUGUCGCGAAUGAGGACACCGACGACGGUGACCUAUGUGCAAUGAUUGGGAGUGCUGUGACGGAGGCAGUUACGUUGACGGAAGGCGUCCCAGUGUCUGCACCCGAAGCAACGCAUGAAGCGGUUGACACGCAAACCACGACGGCCUGUCGGUGCGAGCCAGAAGGAAACGAACCCGUGCUGACCGUAGCGCCGGUAGAGAUAGUACAAAUCACGCCUGAACCGAGCACCAACACUAGCAACACCGCCGUAGCGAGGGCGGCCAACAAAGACGAAGUGGUUGCGGUGUCAUCAACCAAUACACAGACGUGCACUGCAGCAGAACCACAACCACCAGUAGCAACCGCGAUCGCAGAAAAUAAUACCAUUACCAGUGCCAUCGGUGUAGAAGGUUCACUGUUAUCCUCGUCGUCAUCGCCAUCGACACCGCUACCACCUCCCCGGUCGUCGUCCACCUGCCCUUCGUCGUCGGUGUCCUCGGCCUCGUCCUCCUCAUCCUCGGCGGCUUCAUCCUCCGCGACGUCCUCAGAAUCGUCACCACCCGCGACGCCAGCUCUGGCAGCUUCCCAACAGGAAACCGAAGCGAUCGCCGCAGCGGAACCCAAGCCGACCAUGGUCAAGUGUGCGGUCGAUCGGUGCCCAUGUGAUUCACGCGAAGAACACUCCCUUGCAGGCGAAGGACUGCUCCCACCUCCGCCGGCAGCGCCUGUCAUCCGGCGACCACGGUUGGAAGUGCCAGCCGACGCAGAACCAAUGAACUCAACCUUCGCGCCCGCCGUCAAGACCACCGUGGAGGCCGAGAGUGAUGCUUCGCGCGUUCUAACGCUAGCCGAAGAAUUGUCGCUGGCAGCGGCAGAAGCAGUCGCGGCAUCGGCCCCACCGGUAGCAGCUGCCACACGUUCAGCCGCAGCAGUUACGAGCGAAACGGUGACACUACCAAAGAGUGCUGCCGGUACAGCCAGCAGUAGCAGCUCGUCGCCGGUUUUGCACAGUAGUCUGAAGAAAUCGACCAGGAUGGGUGUGUUGGCGGGUGGUGCGUCGAGAGCGACCAGCGAGAGACUGCGCCGAGUGUCGUUUCCGAAAGACUCAGACUUAAUCACUGGUUAUCUGGACCCGGUUAGUCCUUGGGCAAGCACCCCCAUUUGUGACUCAGCGGAAUUGCUCGAACUAUACCGUGCAUCAUGCAACAGUCAUGGCACCUUACCUCUCCAGUGCGUUAUCGAUCAUCUGCAGUCGAUCGAUUUCACCAAAGAUCGUGUUCCGCUACUGUCGCUAAAAGAUCAGAAUCUCAGCUACGGGUCGUGUGAAGCGCUUGAGCCUAUCUUCAAACAUGUCCGGUAUCGCUGCAUCGACCUGUCCCACAGCGGCCUAGACGACUUAACGGCCAGCGUGAUGUUCGACAUCAUAGAGUACUACGAGGCGGCCAACGAGCUGGACAUUUCCGACAAUCUUCAAAUGUCGAGCAAAACAUGGACUGACUGCAUUAAUAUGAUCAAAAAGAGCAAGCAUCUGAACGUGCUGAUCACGCGCGGUCCUACGAUAUCGGACUACCAGGUGACGAACCUCGCAAAGGCCUUGAGCACUUCCGCCAUGCACACGCUCAAGCUGGAGCACUGUGUACUUAGUCAGCAACCCAUUGCCUCUCUCUGCACCAUACUAAUGCGCAACAAUGUUCUGCGGGAGCUGUGGCUGGCACACAAUCAACUAAUAUGCGAAGAUGCGCAGCAAAUAGCGAAUCUGCUUCGCAAGAACUUCUACAUUCAGCUGAUCGACAUUUCAAACAAUAGAAUUGGGGACAAGGGUGUGGAGGUUAUCGUGAGUGCGAUCGUUGAUCAAUCGGUCUACUUCAAGGACGUCCAGGAAAAGAAGCGUAAAAGCGCUCUUAGCUUUUCCGACCUUUCCAGCAGCCUGAACAACAUCAACAGUUCGAAAAACUUUUUUCCCACGCGCUUGCGGCCCACCGACUCGCUGGGGUCCAUUGCGAGCGACAGCGACUCUACCACUUCACCAACGGCGAGCCCGCUCACUACUCCGGUAACACCGCCAUCUACGCCGGCUCUACCAUCGAUCGAAACAUCAACAGCAGAAGAUGAACUGAACAGCACAGCUGGGUGCAGGGUAGGUGAUGCAAUCGUUCCGUCACCAGUAACGGCUCCCGGCAUGUAUACGAAGAGUGAAUUAGAUCAAGAAAUCAACCCACCUCCAACGCUUCCGGUACCACCCCCGACCAGUGUAGCUCCACCGAUUGCGAAUCUAGUGGAAACGAGUACAAAACCCAACAAUAGCGUAAGUCUACAAACUAGUGAUAGAGUACGGCCCGAAACUGGUCUAGUGGGGGUAACGGCCGAGGAGGAGGCAUUGCUAAGAUUGACCAGCACUAGCAGCACCGUCGCAAUGGAUCGUGAUUUCGAAAAGAGCACUGCAAAAACAGUACAAACCGAAGGCCCAGCAGAAUCAAUGGUGGAGGAUCAAAGCUUGGAACUGCUGCUUAGCCUCGAGCAAUCGGAAAGCCCAGUGCCACAUGCACCGAAAAAGGCACGGCUUGCGAAACAGGACAGCAUUCUGAGUGAGUUUGAGGCGACAAUAAUCGAUCUCCCGGCAAACGACGGAAAAGAGCAACAGAAACCAAAGCAACGGCCAAAGCAACAGCAGACCGCGACGGUGGUAGCGAGCGUGAUGGAUGAAGAUAUUUCCGAGAUGUGCACCGAUUACGACGACGAUGGUAGCAAUCUGAAAAUUUCUCAGGAAAACCUGUACGUCGACCUUGCCAUAACGACGACGGCCGGUGAAGAACGGUCGGGGAAAACCAUCUCCGUGCCGAAGGUGGGUCAGUUUACGGCAGUAACACUUCCGGCGGCACCGUUGAAAAAAGAUGAACUUCAGUUGUUGAUCGAAAAAUCACAACAACACGAGCUGCAGCUUGAGAAGGCGAUUAAUGCACGGGAAGCAGUGAACUACCCUUCGGUGAGUGACGUACCUGUAGCAGCACCAACAGAAACAGGACCACCGGUCGCGACUAGCAAGAACGAAAGCAAAAGUGCCAUUAGCGGGGAACAGCUCAAGAAGCGGAAUCGAGCACAAUCUUCAGGCAAAGCGCUGCACAUGAAGCGCGUGGUCAAAAUGGAAACAAACAAUGAUGGUGCGGUGCUAGGCGCCCUUUCGCACUCCCUCGAGUCCGUGGGCGAUGAUUCAGAUUUCGAGAUUAGCAGUAGCCCGUACAUGACAACGGCGGCACCGAGCAGCUUCCCGAAUGAACGUUCGUUUAGUUCGGAAAGCUUGAACAGCGAAACAUCGGUCGAUUCGAACGACUCGAAAUCGAGCUUGAAAAUAAUCGAAUCGAAGUUUGCCACGAAAAAUGGUACCCUCGAGCGGCAACAGUCGAACGUAAACCGUGACGGAACCGGGCCAGACGCAGCGUCCACCGUUCCGACCGGUCUGCAGGUGUUGGUGCUGUGGAACAACGAAAUCACGCGCAAAUCGGCGCAUCACUUUGCGAAACUGCUCGAAAAAACAACCACACUCGAUACGCUGAAUGUUGGUAGCAAUUUGCUCUGCAAUAGCUUCGUGUCGGGGAUCGGGGCCAGCCUGAAGGCGAACACAAGCCUCACAAACCUGGGGCUGCAGGGAGCACAUCUAUCGGACAAAGGUGCGAAAGCGAUGGCCGAGGUGAUUGAGUUCGGCGGUAAUUCCUCGUUGCAGAGGAUCGAUAUGCGCAAUAACAACAUCCAGAAGGCGGGCCUCGAAGCGUUAAACGAGGCGAUGAAGUCGAACAAAUCGGUCAACCGUAUCGAUCUGGACGAUACGCCGCGCAGAGUGAAGGACACAACGCUCGACGGUGUCGGUUCGGAGUACAGUCGCUUGGUAAACAAUAUUCGGGCGCAGUGUGAACGCAACAAGAACCCGCCAGAACCGAGCGAACCGAUCACGAGCAACACGCAGGUGCGGCGCGCCCGGGUGGACUAUCUGAGUAGCCGAAAGAUUUCGCUAACCUGUCAGUCGAUCAAAACGUCCCCCAGUGCGAUCGCCGAUAGGCAACAUCUCCUCGAUCCCAGCGGUGGUGGGUGCAAGAAACCGAGUGGCCGUUUACGUUCUCCGUUGCCCAGUCCAAUUCCCUCUCCCAUCGCCUCACCCGUACCAAGUCCUUCGCGUAAUCGUUUCCACGUGUCGCGCGUGUCCGAUUCGACGGGAGGCGGCGGUAGCUUGACGAGCGUCGCGUCAACCUCGCCAUCGCCCUCGUCGACCGGCAGCUCGCCCACCCUCUUCUUUCCAUCGAACUCCCGUUUUCGCGUAGUGACGGUCGCCGAGCCGGAUCUCGCUGGUGCCAAAGGUGCUAGCAUUCGUAGCAGCAGCACCAUCAGUCUGCCGAGUAAAUCAUCGUACACAACAUCCUCUCCACCUCUGUCGUCGUCAUCGGUGGCCAUAGGCAUCGGAGUGUCGCCUCUGAUGGGUGGUGCAAGUAACAGGCGGCCCGUUUGUAGCUCCGCACCAACAUUUUCAUCCUUUUCGCCCUCAUCUCCGUCAUCGCCACUGGCCGCGGCCGUCCCGAGUGUGCGUAUGAACUCACCAUCGCCACUGCUACCACCAGCCCCCAGCAACACUUUCGCCACCAACAACACUAUGCUACCACCGACACUGCUACCAGCAGGCGUCAUACCUAUGAUAGUGCCAUUGGGUGCCACGCCUACAAUGCCACAGAUAAUACCCCAAAACGUCACACAGCUCCAACCACUACAACCAUCAGCAAUGUUGUUUCCACCACAGUCACCGCUGCAGCUACCGCAAGUGGAACUACAAACCUGUCCGUUGGUCCCAGUCCCGAACAGUCCAAUAGUUCCCACAUUAUCGCAACAAACUGUAGCACCGAAACAGCCUCCGCAUGCAUUACAGUCUCCACAGCAGACCACACUAUUACAAUCGCUGCCACAGCCCCAACUCGGUGCGGCGAACUACCAUCCAACGGUGAAGGUGCGACACUCGUCGACACCCCAUAACAGCAACAGCACACUGCACGAUUCCGUGCUUUCGUCGACGAGCAUUGAGAGCCCGGAUUUGGAGGUGAAACGUUUCAUGGCCGGUGGCAUCAUGGACGAUAGUUGCUGUUCGUCGAUCAGCGGCAGCAUCGAUUCGAUCGACAAUGCAAACUUCAACAACACAUCUCUGAGCUCGGCGGAUGAGAGUUUCGAUGUACUGACCGCUAGCGGCUCCCCGCAACCGCAAGCCGUCGUUACCGCACGAUCAUUAGCAGCGGCAAGCAACUCGUCGGCGGCAACGCGGCCAUAUGAGGAAAGUACGCUCAUUCCACGCACGACAGCUAUCGAUGGCAACAAGGACACCCGUUCGCCGAGUGUCGUCGUUGUUGGUAUGCCAUUGCAAGGGGCCAGCUCCCAGGAAUCCUUGUACGAUGUGCACGACCUUUCCGCAUCAUCAAAUUCGUCUUCAUUGUCCGCCACUAACUGGACGCUUGGUACGAAGCCACCGUUACCAACAACCACCCCUGCCCCAGCAGUACUAGCACCAACAAGCCACUCGAACGAAAGCACCCUAACGUCGACGCAACAUUUGGAGAAAGAGGCAAAGCCCAGCGGGGGCUCACCGGUGGCGGAGAAAGUAGCUGCACCGCGCGUUCGGAAAACCUCCUGGAUCCACACACAUAUUGGUGGAGGCGGAAGUGCGGCCAGCUCAGCGAACAAACAGACCGAUUCUAGUUCGAGCGGAGGAAGCACACCGACACCGAGUGGCGGUGGUAGCGGUUAUCCACCGGCCAUCGAGAAACUGCUCAGUCUAUUCAACCCAAGCAAUCUAUUUUCUUCGAGUAAAUCGUCCUCGGUUAGUCCACCGAAUGUGGACGCCGGUGCGCCAGCAGUAGCUGGCGGUGGCCAACAUGGCGGGUCGUCGCAGCCUCCUUCACGAAAGGAAAGUCCCAUGGGUGGGCUGUUCUACUGGGCACACGGUGGCGGCGGUAGCAAUGCCGGGAGCAACAACAGCACCAUCACAAACAGCCCAUCUUCCUCCGGUCACAAAAAGGACGAUGAUCGAGUGCUGAAAGUGAACGUAUCGCCUGAAUCAACGCCUGUGCAGCAACAGCUACAUCCGCUACAAAAUCAAACGCAAACCCAUCAUCCAUUACAAGCGGACCGGGCACCGAGCGUAAACCAGCAACAACAAAGCGUAGAACAUAUGCCACCGCAGAUGAAGGUGGAAAUGAAGGAGAACAUUUCGCCGGAAAACACAAUCACCAAUAAGCUGCUUACGAGUGUAGCGACCACGGCUGGUAGUACAGGGGAACCGAUCGCGCUUGUAGCAACCAAUCCUGUUCCGAUGGCUACCGCGCCUCAUGCCCGAGUGAUCUUUCAGCUGGGAGGCGAUUACGACGAAUCAGAAGACGAUAUUGAUACGCUAACGAACAAGUAUGGCAAUGCAACGGUGGGCGGCCAUUACUACGGAAGCCACCAAAGUGGUGCUAGUAGUCUGAUCGGUAGUACGACCAGUAACAGCAGUGGCAUUAGCGUUGGUAGUGCGAUGAGUGCUGGUGAAGGUGCUGGAUGCGGUGGCCGGGUUGCUUCACCAUCGGCGAAUACAACGGGCGAACGUCAGACCGAGUCAACGGUGGGGCUUAGUCAUCUGGGACAACUGGCAAGAGACUCGCUGAGCAUAUUUAAAAACCCGAGUCUCACCUCGCAAGACUCCAUGUCGAUUCGGUCUAUGGAUUCGCUGCCGGAAAUGACUAUCGAGUCGGCCGUUAACUACAACCCGCUGACCGCUGUCAUGACAACCGGGCCGUUGAACGCAACAUCACUCGCAACAUCCUUAAUAUCCUCCACACCACCGACAACACGUUCAGCGUCUACAUCAACGCCGCCACAUCCAUCAGCAGAAAAACAGGAAACUCAGUAGCUAGCAUGGGUGGAGCGAAAGGUCGCAGUAGAAUCUACGAAAACCGACUCACUCCCGGAAAGAAGGGUCAUCAUCGGCAGAGUUACACAAAGCUUGAGUAGCUAAAUACAUUGCAAAUGAAAUAAUCCAAAUGCAGCAAGACGACGGGAUAAUGGCAUAACAAUACGCUGCUCUCCAAUCAAUCGUACAUCUCGCCACUAAGACUUCCUUCAGUAAUCGUCAUCGGCCGCGUGUCAGCCAUACCAUGUUUACAUCUAACUCUAUGCAUGUUUUUCUUGGCUCUUCUGUUUGGAUUCCUGUUUUGUUUCUAAAUCAUCAGUUCGAAUCGCUAGCCAGACCGAGUGCACAGCUGCUUGUCGGGCCGGCCUGCCCUGUUCCGUUGGCUGCUGCUGCGUUGCGUACUUAGUUUCCUUCUUCUGUGAUACAAGAAAAGCACGCUUGUGAUAAAGUGAAAUUUAUUGAUACAUAAUUUUUUUGUUGGUAUAUCGUACGAUUUUGUUCAUUUAGUUUGUUUCUUUAUUUUAUUUGUAUCUUUCCUUAUUGUUUUCUUCCCUUUUCAUGCUGUUUUGUUCUUCAUUAUUUGUGAUCGAACGAACACACAAUCGAACAAAUGGCGUCGUACGUGUGAGGAGAAUGAAUGAAUAGAACAGUUUUUUUCUGUGUUAUGUGAGAGAGAAAUAGAAAGUGGGAAUGAUUGUGUAUGUGUGUAUGUGUGAGUAUUGUUGUAAGUACACGCAUGUGUGAUAGAAUUACUAAAACCUUUGAACGUGUUCGUUUUAAAGAAGUUAACAGAACGUACCCCUGUUCCCUCCGCCGACAGGGAACUGGGCACUCGGUUUGAACUACUUGAUUUGAACUGAUCGAUGCAUUGCCCAACAUGAGCAGUUUCUUGUUUCAUUCUGGUCCUAAUGAAAAACAAACAACAAAGAAACAACCCAAUUCCGAUUCAAACCACACAAUCUUUGCUCCAGUGAUAAUUGCAAAAGUGCAGAAAUAAAACAAAGGUUUAUGUAGUGCACCUGUGGGAGUAAUGUGUUUAUGUAUUCACUUGCAAGCUUCCUGCCACUGUUCUGCUAGUAAACACGCAAGCACCGCCUUAUCUAGGAUAAUGCAUACUUACAUGGGCCGAUGGUGGUCUCUGAACAUAGACCAUCUUCAUUCUCCUUAACAUUGUUUUUCUUUAUAUCUGAAACCCAGUUCUACCACAAGUUCUUUACCACUCCUCGCCGGAUACGGAUGCUGGAACCGCAUCGUUAAUUUAAGUUUAGCAUGCAGUUUCGUCUGUGUUUUUAGAUUUACUAUUAUGUUUGUUCUUCGUUCGUUCGAUAGAAGCUAGUUGUAUCGUUCGCCAAUUCAUCUUUACGUUGUAUGUAGAUAGUUUUUCUUUUUCAAAUUAUGUUUUGUGAAUAAAACCGCGGGCUCUGGCCGUCUGAAUUCAUUUCUCAAAAACCAAAACACCUCCGUGUCAUUGUUUUCUUUAUCAACACUGAUUAAAUGGUUUCGUAUUCCCAACACCUAACGCGCUGUUUUGCACUUCCCAACGGUUUAACGGAAAGUUUUUCUUCUUUUCCUUUUGCGCCUGUGCCUGCCUGUUGCCCUUCCUGAUUCCCGCCCCAAAGCUGAUGCCUGCGGUGCCACCGCUCUGCUCCAACUGCGGCUCAAGCACGAACAGCUGCAAGCCAAGAAGAAGCUAAUGAAAUCCAAAUCCUUACCCGACAUGAAGACAAUUAGAUAAUAGUUGAGCCGCAGCGCAGUACGGCGUAUUAGGUGCUGUAUUUUUCACUUUUUUUCUUUUCAUUUCCUCACCCAGCAAUAAACAACUUUCAGCAACAACGGGCAGAUGAUAGACAGAGUGUGUAUGAUGGUUCUUCAGUUGUGAAUCGGUUUGAAAUAAAAUUCUG